CUGAAAUUAUCAAUGACUCCACAUUUUGGACUGAUUUAAAAGAGUUAGAUGAAAUUCUUCUUCCAUUUUGUGCAACUCUUAAUAAACUCCAAUAUGAAUCAAAACAGCCACUUCUUAUAUUAUCUUGGUUACUUCAUCCAAGUUAUAGUUUAAAAAAGCUUAAUGUUCACUUAAAUGGUUUAUUGGCACUAAUGCUUGGUAAAUAUGUAGUUUAUUAUUAUACAAAUUGGUUUUCUUUCUUUAUUGAAUAUGAAACUUAUAAAGAACUUGCAAAUCUUGCACUUCACUUAUUUGAAAUUUGUAUUAAUAGCGCUUCUGUUGAGAGAUUAUUUUUAACAAUGGGAUUUUUCUAUAAUAA